UGCAGCAAAUUGUUGUCUACGACUUCACGACAAAUACAUCUUGGAGCUUCAAGGACGCUCGAUCAAUGGGCUUCGACAAUGAUAGUCAGGUGACAAUUAAUGGAGAACAGUACAACCUAUCGCUUGCUCUCAACGGAAUAGCCAUCUCCCCGACCUUCAACUAUGUCUACUACUCGUCCGUCGGCUCCAAGAAGUUAUGGCAGAUCCCCACUUGGGUUCUACGGAACAAGAACUCGAACUUCUCCAGAUACGUCCGCCUUGUAGGCAACAAGAAGUCCAACUCUGACGCUUUGAUUUUUGGCCACAGGGGUUUGUACUACGCGGCUCUGGAGCAUGAUGCCGUCUACAGGUGGGAAAUCGAGAAGGAUUUGUUGCAACAAAAUGCUUUGGAAGGAGAAGUCGUUCUCAGAACAGAAACACCUUUAGCGCAGAACUGGGAGACGAUGCAGUGGCCAGACGGAUUGUCGUUUGGCAACCCCGACACAGAAAACCUGCACUUUCUCACGGCAAGAGGCCAGUUGGCCCUCUCUGGCAAAAUGGAUUUUACAGGGAAGCAAGGGCCCAAUUUUAGAAUUUUCAAAUUAUUUGUCAAUGAUACCAGUGCCUACCUACCAUCUACUGUACACUACCCUCAUAUGGGGUUAAUUGGUUAA